UCAAAAGAUGUGUUCAAAUAUUUAUGUUCACAAUAAGAUAUAUUUGGAAAUUAAUAUAACCGGAUAUAUGAUGAGCUCUUAGGUAAUCCGUGGUGUGAGAAUUGAUUUGCUACCUACCCCUAGAAAAAAACAAUGCCUAAAUAAAUGGGACCGACAGCUAUGAAGUUUUAACAAGAAAAUGGUAGGAAGGUUCUUCGUUUUUGUUCGAAUAAGCAUGAACAGGGAAGUUUCAUCAAGUCAACGUAAAAAUUCGAGUCAAUGAAAAAGAUCUGUAGUUUCGAGGAAGCAUACGAAAGUUUAAUAAAUUUAAUUCAUUCAAGUCACAAGUUAUCAAGAUUCCUUCCUUCAACAGAGAGUAUUGUGUUUAUUCCUUUGCCUGAUCAGGACGAUACGCUUGAGGAUUGAUCUUGCAGGCUUGAUUUUUUUGUACCUCCCUUGGUUAUCAUUGGCUAUCAAGCGGAAUUCGUGUGGGAAAUAUGCUUGCAAAAUACUCAAAGCGUAGAAGUUCGUCCAAGAAACAAUGUUCAACAUUUAUAAAUGAGCUAUGCCAUGAGUUUUCUCUGGACGAGCUUAAGAAAGCUACCAAUAACUUUGAUGAAAAUCGAAAAAUUGGAAAAGUAAUGGGCGAUAUAGUCUACAAAGGCUAUGUCAAAUAUAAUGGUGAAAAUGAUUAUCCAAUAGCAUUGUUGCGGAUAACAGAUGUAUUUAGGGGACAAGGUUUCAAGAAUGAAAUAGAACACCUCUGCCAGCUUUGUCACCCAAAUUUGAUAUCUUUUAUAGGAUUUUGUGACCAAAAAAAUAAGAAAAUUCUCGUGUAUAAAAAAGAUGAAAUGGUCAAUGGCACUCUCCAAGAUCACUUAGGUUCGAGGGAUAUGGAAUCACUCUCGUGGAAGAAAAGGCUUGAAAUAUGCAUUGGAGCUGCAAAAGGACUACACUAUCUUCACACUGGAACAAAGCGUCCGAUUUUCCACCGUGACGUAAUUCCACAGAACAUUCUUUUGGAUAACAAUAUGGCACCAAAACUCUCGCAAUUUGGAUUAUCCUUACAAGGGAAGCUUUCUAAAUCGGAGUCAAUACCAAUUGUAGUCCGUAUUUGUGGUCCAUAUGGUUUCUGUGCACCAGAGUAUCUGCAAACCAGAACUUACACAGAUAAAUGUGACGUUUACUCCUUUGGUAUGGUUCUACUUCACGUAAUUUUAUGCAUGAACAACUUUCUAACCAUCUAUGGUAAGAUGAAGAUGUUAGAGAAAAGAAGAAAUGAGAUUUUAGAACCAAAUAAAAGACGAUUAGAGUAUGAGUUGGAUUUAUCUAAUCGGGAUGAUUGGAAUUUAUUUAAUCCAACCUACUUUCUAGAGAGGUUCCCAGCUGAUGAAAUUAUUGAUCCAAUUCUCACGAGAUUGAUUUCACCGGAAUGUUUGGCAGUGUUCGUCAAUAUCAUGAAAAGAUGCUUGAAUAGAGAAGAACCAAAUGAAAGACCUUCAAUGGGUGAGGUUGAGGUUGAACUUGAGCAUGCUCUAGCACUGCAGGAGGAAGCAGAGCGUGAGACAAGCAUAACUUUUUUCCCACCAACUAAUGGUGAAAUUUGAUGUUAAAAAGCAUAUAUGAAUACAAUCAUGGUUUGGCCAUGGGAUAAUCUUUAGAGCAUCAAAGGUGUGUUGCGAAAAUUUUCAUAACAACAAUUUAUUCUAAACAAAUCUAGAUAACUAUUUUAUGAAUGAAGGCUGAUUUGGAUUUUUUAUUAUGUUAUGUUGGUGUGAACCAUGAAAGUGCUCUGUUUUGUUUGAGGAGUCUAUUGUAUGUAUGCAUAGUUGAUAUAUAUGGAAACAAUAUUACCUGAGAGAUAAA